UGCUGGUCUUUUACCAGCUUUUUCACAGCUACAGAACCGCUUACAGGCAGGCCGACGCGUUUGGAAUAGUACCCCGUAGCAGCACUCGUUGAACCGAAGGCCAAUCUCACUGCUCACGCGCUAGCGGCGCAUAUCUCAGCAGUGCUCUGCAGGGAGUUACUCCUCAUAACGCGUCGCGGCGACCCGAACGGCUGGAAAUAAUAAUGUCGCGCAGCAGCCGGACCUGCCGCCGCGCGGCUGAGGUGCGGUGGACCGUGGAGACGCAUCCGACGCUCAUUUACUGCCGCUCGCGUCAAACCGUCCUCGGCAGCUUGGUAGCCAACACCGGCGGCGGCUUCGAUUUACGCGCUCCGGACGCCGCCGACGCGGUCGCGCAUAUCAACGAUCUCCUGCGCGUCGACGGAGGCAUCGUCACGCCGAUUUACUAUUGGAUGUGCAUCAACACCGAAAUAGCACCGUCGCAUAAUAACCAGAUCCGGAAGCUCCUCGACGCCGGCGCAGACCCGGAGAAGCGGUCUACUUUUCAUGGCCACGUCGACACGCUGCUUCUCGGCGUGGUGAGAAGCGGUACUUCGCUUUGGGAGCGACACGUUGCUUUGGGCCACGGAUGGGGGGUCAUUAUCGCUAUGCUGCAGCUUCGCGGCGUCGCCUUCGACGCGGUCUCGACGAAAGAGCUUAAGACGCGCUUUGGUAUGCUGCCCCAUCAACAGACAGCUCUGGGACUCGCGAUCUUUGACCAGGGGCUCCGACGAAUGCAGGAUGACAGAGUCUUGACGGCGCAAGGAGUGUUGAUAAUGGAGCUCAAGAGGCAAACCAGGCGCAUCACGGACGGCGACUUCUUCUGCCUCUGGGUAGACAGGGGUAAAAGGUGGGACCGCAAGUUCUUGGAUAGAUACGGGGCCGCGCUGACGCCCCAGAACAGGUGGUCCUUCCCGCCCUGUUUUUUUCGCACCGCGCGCAUGCUUGGCGUUGAAACAAAAACGCGCGAUGGCGUAUUGGGCGUGGGGCUGUCUCAUGAGAUAGCCCUGCUCCGCCGCAUCUACGCGUACCUCGGCCGCGCGGACGUCGUCGGUUUUUUUCCCGAGAAGCUGGAAACUGUCCUGUACUCCGCGAAGGAGAGCAAAAAAUACCGGAAUCGUGGGCGGCGGGAUAAGUACUGCUCGUAGUAAA